GACGGUUGGGGAGGCGUGGGCGCCAACCGUACAGCUUACUAUGAUUCUCAACGGUAUGAUCCGUAUCACCGCGCCGUCGCCCGAGUCGUCAAGCAGCGCCUAUGCUGCUAUGGCGGCACAAAAUGGGUCGAAUAUAUCGUCCGCUGAGGUGGCAUAUAUCAUGCCCGGGACUUUGAAGUCAUCGCUGGUAAUUGCCGCGGACAUCAAGGAGACGAGUUAUUUGACGGGACACUACACGGAGUUCCCCUCAAAUGAACCGACCGUAUUGGUGCAGAUCCCGUUUGAGGGUAAUCGCGUGCCGGAGCAUACGGUGUUGCAUGACGGGCAAUGUUGAGCUUUGAGGGAAACAAAUUUGCGCAAUCGGCUGUGGGAAUGGAUUUGAACAAGGAUCCUCUGCAUCUUGGCAGUUUUGGAGAAUGAUGCUCGGUUUUGGGUAGUGCUACCUACGUGCCGCUUGGACUAAUUUGUGCAAUAACA